AUGGCUGCCACCGGCUUGGGCUUUGCCGAGACGCGCCAGGAGCUGAGGCUGCUGCGCAGCCUCUUGUGCUGUUCACUCUGCAACUCUGGCCGGAUCGAGAAGCCGUUCUAUCUGGUGACGUGUGGUCAUUACUUUUGCAAAGAAUGCAUUGUUAGCAAGCUUCAAGAGCAAAGCUCUUGUCCCGAAUGUCACCUGCCCGCGGUGCCCAAGGACUUGCGCUCGGAAGACAAGGUGGACGCAGCCGCUCGCUGCUGCUUGGCUCUGGAACAAACGCUUGACAAGCUCACCAGUCAGCCCCGGGGCCUCCUGGAACGCACCAACUUACCUCUGGGUCUCGGCUUUACACGCUCCAAGCGCUCACUCAGCCAGCAGUGCCCUGCAUCCAUCGAGCCCAUGCUUGAUCAGCCCUCCCUUGAAUGCUCGUCCAUCGAUGAUCUGAGCCUUCCGACGAUAGACCUCCAGCCCCGAAAGGGCCGCUCUCGGCCGGCGUCGGCUCUUCGCUCUCAGUCUAAACCGCAGCCACAGAUUUUGCCCGCCGCCGCGAGCAAUUCGGUGUCAAGCAAUUCGGUGUCAAAGGAUGUGACUUCCUUCCAGCAGGCUUCGCCAGCAGCCAAAAAUGUCAAUGACUCCCAGACCUCACCACUGCCAGACGCCAACGGCAACACGAGCAUUCAGGCAGAGACGGAACCAAAGCGGGCCAAGCGGGCCAAGCCGGCCAAACGCACCAAGCGCACACGAUCUGCCACCAUCAAUGACCCAACAUCAGCAGCAGACGGCAAAAUCAAGUCCGGGGUCAAGUGGCGUCGAUCCAACUCCCUCAAGACUGCUACGCCUGACGCGGCCGCGGACAGCCCAGUCUCUGACGAUGUGCAAAGUUCAGCAGAUGACAAGAGUGAGAUUAUUGACAUCAAGCCAAUUAUUCCCGACGCUUCUGACAUUCACACUCCAAAUGCCAGUCGUCAAGGCGCCAAGCCACGCUCAGCUCGCAAGUCGCCCAAGACACAUGUCAAUUCCGUCGGCGAAUCGCUGCUUCAGUGUGCCUGCAAGCGACCAACGCCAAAGAUGGAAGUCAUCACCAAGCUCUUGGAAGAGGGCGCGCACGUCAACCAUCGCGACUAUAAUGGUUGGAGCCCAUUGCACGAGGCCGUGGCGCUGGGCCAUCUUGCCGUCGUGCAACUACUGCUCACUCACAACGCCGAUCCAAACCUACAAAGCCACAGUCGCACCACCCCGCUCCACGACGCAGUCAUCAAUGAUGACGUAGCACUCGUACAGGCUUUGAUCCAAGCGGGGGGCAACCCGUAUCUGACCACGGAUCGUGGUCAGAGUGCCCUUGACCUUGCUCGCAGCGAAGGUGUCAAGUCUGUGUUGCAAUCAGCCCCCCCGCCCCCCGCCCCCGGUACCGCCACCAAGGCCGCCGUGGGCAAGGACGGCAUGAGUCCCAUCCGCUUUAUUGCCAUCUCGGGGCUGGACGCCGACAGCAAGGCAUUAGUAGAGGAACUAUGCCAACAGUUUGAGUUGGAGCUAUGCCCUGAAGUCAACGAGUCUGUGGACGUGGUGAUUAUGGAAGCCGACGAGAAGGGCCUUGUGAAGCGCACCUUGAAGUAUCUCGCCGCUUUGCUCUGCGGUUGCUGGAUCGUCAAUGCCACAUACUUGCGCGAGUGUCUGGAAGCACAACGACUUUUACCGUGCGAGGCAUUUGAGGUCAAGGGGUGUUCUUCCACCUCGCAUGUGGAUGUGCCACAGUUGGCGCGAAUCUCACGGAUGAGCAACGUCAAGCCACUUUUUGACAGCGUGUCUUUUUUCAUCGAGGGAUCGACUCGCCGCACUUCCGGCACAGCGGCAGGCACACCUCCCAACGCCGAUCUUCGCCGCCUCAUCGAGCUUGGUGGUGGCAAGGUGGUCACGCGCCGAAGCGAGUCGACCGUGGUGUUGCGAAGCUCGAUGCCACGACACCCGAGGCGCUCGCAAUCUUCAGGCAAUUGCUUCACGCCAGCGGAUCUACUCGAUUGCAUUGCCAAUCAAGAGUUUCUACCAUCUCUUUCCUAA